ACCACAGAAGAAGAAGAAGAAGCAGUGAUGGCGCGGAGUGGGAUGUAAACAAACAGGAGGUAAACAGUCCGGUAAAAACGGACAGAAACUCCUGUUAAAGGUCUGAAGAGAUGAUGAUCCGGUGCGGAGGAAAACCCGAUUUAUCUGCGGAGCAAGGGACGGAUUGAAGGAUCCAGAUUCACCUGAGGCCUCUCUGAUCUGGUCCUGGAGGGUCAGUUCUGAUCUGGUCCGAUCAGCAGCCAUGAUGGCGAGUCGUGGGCGGAGUCGGAGAACUCUGAGUUUCAGUGUGGACUCAGUCGGCAUCAACAGAGGAGAACCUCUUCCUCCGACCCUGCAGCAGCCCACACCUGUGUUCCCUGUGAUGGAGCAGAAGCCCCUCCCCCUGACAGGUGGGGAGGAGGCCGAGUACCUGUUGGCUCUGAAACAGGACUUCAGAGGAGCCAUGAGGAGUUUACCCUGUUUCAUCCAGCCAGCUGCUGCACACAGAGAUGUGGAGCGUUACUCCGAUAAAUACCACAGCAGUGAGCAGACAGACGGCCUGAUGGACUGGACUCCAGACUGGAAGAGGUUCCCCAGAGAGCUGAGGAUCCACGUCAGGAAACCUGCCAAAGACAGUGUGUCGGUUGCUCGCUCAGAGGCUCAGUCGACUCAGAAGAAGAAGAAAGUCAAAGAGAAGGAGGAAGUUCUGCUCAAACUGGAGACUCUGCAGAAGAAGGAGGAGCAGCAAAGUGAAGAGGACGAGGAGGAUGCAGAGCAGAAGAAGAAGCAGGAGGAUGAGGAAGCUGACGGAGACGAGGAGUACGACGAGGAGGAGUUCGAGGAGGAAACUGACUACAUCAUGUCCUACUUCGACAACGGAGAAGACUUUGGAGGAGACAGUGACGACAACAUGGACGAGGCUAUUUACUGAAACACCAGCACAUACACAGCUUCUGCCAUCUCUGAUGUGAUCAGUCUGAUCAGUUCUAAAGCAUCCAGCUGCUGCUCUACAUCGACCUGUUAGUGAAACAGAGACAGUUUGUAAGAAGAGCUGAGCUGAUGAAGGUUUUAUCUGAGCAUAUUUGAAUGUUUUUAAUGUUUUGUACAAAUUUUGAUCCGUUCCAUCUUGUUCUGACAGAGUUUUGUUGGAAUAAACAGCAUCACUGAAAACUG